AUGACGAGCCGUCGCGUUGCCACUCGGCGGUGCUUGACUUUUCCGCUGUGGCUCCUUAUCCUUUCCCACGUGGCAUCCACGUGUCGUGCGUGUCUUCCGCCGCCUAUGUUCUCGGCAGCAGCAGACGGCUCCCCUCCGAGCCCUGAUUUGGAGCCCAGCUUUCACUGGCUAACCGAUGAGGAGCAAAUCGCCAUGGCGCGCUUCGCUGUGGCACAGCACAACGCCGCCAAGAACGACAGCCUACAACCGGUCUUGAUUAUGGCUGUAGAGUAUAUAGACAAUGCGAGCACAGGCAAUGGCAGCGCAGGCAACUCAAGCGCAGGCGGGGAGGAGUACCUUGUGUCACUGGCGGCUCUCAACCUGCUGCGCGGCCGCACUGCCUUCUUCGACGCCCUCCUCUCCCGCCGCCCUCUCGUGGCCGCGCAAUCCGCGCUCCCUGCUGCUGCCCCUCCAAUAACAGCAGCAGCAGCAGCAGCAGCCACACCGGUGGUAACCACAGCAGCAGCAGCAGAAGGAGAAGGACGAGGAACAGUGGCAGCAGCGGCAACGGCGGCGGCAGCAGCAGCAGGAGGAGGAGAGGGAGGGGAGUAUGUGCUGCGGUCGGUCACGAUGCAGUCGUUCACCUCCCCUCCCGCUCCCUCCCUCAUACUCAAAAUAGGAGAGGGAGGGGAGUAUGUGCUGUGGUCGGUCACGAUGCAGGCCGGGUCGGAGCGUGCGAGCACGCGCGAGGAGCAGGAGAAGGCGUUGAGGCACGUGGUGUCACUGCCGCCCAUAGUGUGUGGCAUUGAGUUCACUUACGUUGACCCGUCAGAUGCUGACGUGCAGCGCGUGGCACGAGGGGCGGUGGCGAGUGAGAAUGAGAGGCAGCGCACUGCUGCUGAUUCCCGUGCUGGAGGCACAGGUGGUAGUGCCGGGAUACAGAGAGUAACCAUCCCAAGGCCUAUCCCACGACUCAACCACUCGCAGUAUUUGGUGUGGCACACUGAUGCCUCCCUCCCCUCCUUCCCUCCCCUCCUUCGCUCCCCUCCUUCCCCCCCCUCCUUCCCUCCCCUCCUUCCCUCCCGUCCUUCCCUCCCCUCCUUCCCUCCCCUCCUUCCCUCCCCUCCUUCCCUCCCCUCCUUCCCUCCCCUCCUUCCCUCCCCUCCUUCCCUCCCCUCCUUCCCUCCCCUCCUUCCCUCCCCUCCUUCCCUCCCUUCCUUCCCUCCCGUCUUCCCUCCCCUCCUUCCCUCCCCUCCUUCCCUCCCCUCCACACACAGGGGCACAGCAUUGCUGCUGAUCUCGGUGCUGGAGGCACAGGUGUUGGUGCCGUCAUACAGAUACAGAGAGUACAAUCUCACACUGCUGGCAGCAGAUAACACAACCGGCAUGGCGGCACACUAUGCCACGCACGCACUAGAUUACAACAGUGGCGCCAUGCCUGAUACUUCACAAGGAGGGAAUGCGAGUGGGAGGGGGUUGGUGAAUGUGACGGCGUUUGCGGUGGUGGCGGGGACGCAGCGGAAUGCAACAGCGGGGGAGAUGGGCGUGGCGGCAGCAGGGGGGUGGGUGUGUGUGGAUGAGGGGUGGGUGCUCAUUCCUGCUGCUUACCCCCUAGACACCUGGACGCCUCCCCCUGCCUCCCCUAACGCUUCCUAUAAUGCCUCCUCUAAUACCUCCUCUAAUGCCUCCUCUAAUACCUCUGCUAAUGCCUCCUCCAAUGCCUCCUCCAAUUCCUCCUCCAGUUCCUCCUCCAAUUCCUCCUCCAAUGCCUCCUCCAAUUCCUCCUCCAAUUCCUCCUCCAAUAUCUCCUUCAAUGCCUCUGCUACUGUCCCCUAUAACGACUCUUACAAUGGCUUCUCCAUGCGCUCCCUCGCUCUCUUCGCCUUGGCCGAGCGCAAUGGACAGAACAACAUCACCUCGCAUUUGACCCUAAUAGAUGUCCUUGCAGCGAGGGCGAAUGUGGUGGAGGGGGCAGGGAUCAACUACAGCGUGACUGUAACAGCAGCAGCACAAGCAGCACCUGUAGUGUUCCAGUCGGUGUCUGGAGGAGCAAACAUGACAGGUGUGAGGGAGAGCAAGGAAGUGGCGACAGUGAAGGUGCUGGUGUGGCAGCCGGUGCCCUUCACGGCUCACCGCCUGCUUGACUUGUUCGUGUUGGGUGAUGGAAUGAGAAAUGGCUCUGCUUCUCCACCCCCCGGUCACACCUCCCUGGGUAACUACACGGCUGUGCCCAAGGCUGGCUGUUCUGGUGCUGCGCCGAUCGGAUUUGUGACCGUGCUUGGGGUGCUUGUAUCCCUUGGCUUUGUGAUCGUGCUCUUGUAG